CCAACAUAAGUGGGAAAAAAGAGGGAAGUUGCUCGGCAUCGUGUCAAGUCCCGAAUCCCGACUCGUCUCCGGUCUCCCUGCUCCAAUCUCCCCUCUCGCCUCGCCCACUCCGCCGCGCGCCGUACGACGACGGCGCCAUGGCCGAGUACCGCCUCGGCGCCCAGCUCCACGGCCACGAGGACGACGUCCGCGGCAUCUGUAUAUGUGGUGAUGCUGGGAUUGCAACAUCAUCAAGAGAUCGGACUGUGAGAUUCUGGACACGGCACCCAGAAAAGAAACGUGAAUAUUUUCUCUCUAAGACACUCGUGGGACAUUCGAGUUUUGUGGGCCCAUUGGUUUGGAUCCCUCCUUCAGACCGCUUUCCUGAAGGAGGAAUUGUUUCUGGUGGAAUGGAUACACUUAUUUUGCUCUGGGAUUUACAUAAAGGAGAAAUUGUUGAGACAUUGAAGGGGCACGCUUCACAAGUUACUGGACUUGCAGUAGACAGUAAUGGUGACAUCAUCUCUUCAUCCAUGGAUUGUACUUUAAGACGCUGGAGAAAUGGCAAUGCUAUAGAGGUCUGGGAAGCGCACAAGGUUGCCGUGCAAACUGUUCUAAAGCUUCCCACAGGAGAACUGUUUUCUGGUUCAAGUGAUUCCACUAUUAAGCUUUGGAAAGGAAGGACUUGUCUACAGACAUUCUCAGGACAUGCAGAUACUGUUAGAUGUUUAGCACCAAUGCCAGGUCUGGGAAUUCUUUCUGCCUCGCACGACAGCACUAUCAAGUUAUGGGCAUUAACUGGUCAGCCCCUAUUGGAUAUGAUUGGGCACACUUCUCUUGUAUAUUCUGUGGAUGCACAUUCUUCAGGUCUAAUUGCUAGUGGCAGUGAGGAUCGCUCUUUAAAGAUAUGGAAAGAUGGAAUCUGUUUUCAAAGCAUUGAACACCCGGGAUGCAUAUGGGAUGCUAAAUUCUUGGAAAAUGGAGAUAUUGUAACUGCUUGUUCUGAUGGAACUGCGAGGAUAUGGACAACUGAUACUAACAGGUUCUGCAGUGACGAGGAACUUGCAACCUAUACAGAUCUUAUUUCUCAAUACACGCUUAGCAGAAAGACUGUUGGUGGGCUUAAGUUGAUGGAUCUACCAGGAGUUGAGGCACUGCAAGUUCCAGGAAACUCUGAUGGCCAAACACUAAUUGUUAGAGAAGGGGACAAUGGUGUUGCCUAUUCAUGGAAUUCAAGAGAGUUAAAGUGGGACAAAAUUGGUGAAGUAGUGGAUGGACCUGAGGCUGGGGAUGCUGCACAAGGUCAAGUUCUUGAUGGUGUUCGCUAUGAUUUUGUUUUUAAUGUUGACAUUGGAGAUGGAGAACCUAUCCGAAAACUACCCUAUAAUCGAUCAGAGGAUCCAUACGUAGUGGCGGACAAGUGGCUCCUGAAAGAAAAUCUACCUUUGACAUAUCGCCAACAAGUGGUAGAAUUUAUACUGCAGAAUUCUGGCCAGAACAACUUUGUUCCAGAUCCAUCUUUUCGGGAUCCCUUUACUGGGGCUAAUGCAUAUGUACCUGGGCAGCCAUCUUCAUCAAAUGGUAGUGCCUCGAAACAAACUUUCAAGCACAUACCAAAGAAAGGAAUGCUGUCAUUUGAGACAGCUCAGUUCGAGGGAAUCCUAAAGAAACUUUCAGAGUUCAAUGCAACACUUUCAUCUGACACGGAACAGAAACAUAUAUCUCUGUCCGAGACUGAGUUGUCAAGAUUAGUUGCCAUAGUGAAAGUGUUGAAAGAUAAAUCAUUUUAUCACACAAGCAAGCUUGCUGAUGCUGACAUGGCCUUGUUGCUGAAAAUAUUGAUGUCUUGGCCUCUGCAAAUGAUGUUUCCAGUUAUUGAUUUUCUGAGGAUGUUUGUGUUGCAUCCUGAUGGAGCUACUUUACUUCUCAAGACCGUCAAAACUGGAAAUGAUGUCCUUAUGGAGACUUUUCGUAAGGUUUUAGCACCACCUGCGCAGCCAGCAAAUGUGUUCACAAUCCUUAAAGCCAUGACAAACUUAUUUGACAACUCAUGCUUACACCAAUGGUUGAGGACCCACUGUGCUGAGAUCAUUGAUUCCGUGUCAAGUUGCAAGCCUUCUUUUAGCAAGAACGCACACUUGGCAUAUGCAACACUUCUACUUAACUAUGCUGUUCUUUCAAUUGAAUCAAAGGAUGAACAGUGUCAGGCGCAAAUUCUUUCUGCUACCCUUGAGUUACAGAUUGCUGAGGAUGAUACUCAAGAUGUUGAUUCAAAAUACCGUGCACUCGUUGCAAUUGGCUCUCUUAUGCUGAAUGGCCUUGUGAAGUCAAUUGCUCUUGACCUUGAUGUUAAGAGCGUUGCGAAUAGCGCAAAAGCUUCGAUGGACUGGAAGAUCUCUGAAGUCGGAGCUGAUAUUGAGCUGCUAACAAGAUGAGAAGAGGUUGCCGGCAGUUGGGCAUAGUUUCCCCUUCACUGGAUGCACCAUUGUGCAGGAUAGCAUAUCAUUAACCAUUGAGCUUGGGUUUCGCGCAGCAAGACUGUUCAGCAGUAGUCAGUAGCUACCACGGCUUUCGGAAGCACUUGGGUUAUGAACAUUGUCACCUUGUAAUCAACAUGAAAGUGUGGAUUUGUGGGGUGGCCCUGUCAGUAUGGGCCCUGGCGUUUGCUGCGAGAAAUAUUGUUUUCCAGCGACUCUGCAAGUCAUCUUUGGUCCAACAUUAUCUCACCAAACCUGUCACCUCGAGGUGGGUCAGGGAUAGUCCUCUCGGUCAAAAAAAUAAAAGUUGGGCUUGCAUCACCAACAUCCUAAGCAAAGAAAAGCUAUUCCGGCACCAUUUCAGCGACCAACUUUCUUCAGAAAGAGGCAAGAGAGGAGAAUAAAAUUCAUCAACUUUUCUGUCCUCUUCAGUCGGGUUGAGACUGAAAAGGUGUCCAAGUCGACAAAAAGGCAGAAAAGAGAGAAACUUUACUUCUUCGAACUUUUUAGACGAAUGACGUGAACUGAGAGAAAUUCAAGUGUAACUCAUUUGUCCAAAAAGAAAAAAUGUGACUCAUGCGAGGAUGGCCUCCAUAACCUCCGUAUCAUGAGCAUAAUCCAUACUCCUGCUAGAUUACGUGGCAAACCGAGCUGAUUUUGAACUGAGGUAGCAUAAACGAAGCAAUACUACGUGUUCACUGC